AUGUAUCGACUUGCGGUAUCAGCCAAACGAAAAGUUCUGCUCAAUCCUAAAACAUUUGCAGUCUAUUUUUUCGCUAUUUUCUUCACAUUUUUAUUGGCAUAUCAUCAACGAUUAGGACAACAACUUGGACAGCACACCCACAUGUCUCGAAUUGUCAAUAUGCAAUCUGCUGUUCAAGAACAGAAUGUUCCUCAGAAAGAAACACCACAAGUAGAAAAAGAAAAUAACGUUGGGAAAGAAGAACAGAAGGAUGUUUUGAAAGAAAUUCCAAAGGUUUCAAACCAAGAAAAAGUAGAAGAAGUAUGCAGCAGGCCUCCUGAAGAAGUGAAAACUGAUUUCAAUACUUUCGAUUUAUUCGAAUCAGUAGUGGCAAGUUCAAAAGCUCUUCCACAAUCUUCAAGAAAAGCGAGAAUCGAAAAACUAAAAGUCUACGUUCUCCCAUUCACACAUGUUGAUCCAGGGUGGUUGGAAACAUUCGAAAGUUACACAAAACGAACGAAUCAAAUCUUGGACAAUAUGCAUGAGUUUAUGAUGAAAAACGAGAAAAUGAGAUUCAUGUGGGCGGAGUUUGUCUUUUUUGAAAGAUGGUGGUCAUUGAAGGAUGAGAAAGUUCGAGAAGAUGUGAAAAAAUUAGUUUCUGAAGGUCGUCUUGAAUUAGCAACUGGUUCAUGGGUAAUGACUGACGAGGCGAAUCCCUAUUUCCCAGUUUCUGUUGAUAACAUUGUGGAAGGUUUCCAGUUUAUCAAUCAGCAUUUUGGAAUCAAACCACAAACAAUUUGGACAAACGAUCCAUUUGGAUACUCAAACUCUGUUCCAUACUUGUUUAAAAAAUCUGGUGUUCGUAGAAAUGUGAUCAAUCGAAUUCAUCACAGAAUCAAACAAACUCUUCAAGGACAACAAGCAAUUCCAUUCAAAUGGAGACAAUAUUUCGAUAAAGCCGGAGAGGAUGACGUUUUGACUCAAGUUCUACCGUAUACCCAUUACGAUGUUCUCAAUUCUUGUGGAUCCGAUGCUUCUGUUUGCUGUGAAUUCGAUUUUAAAAGAAUCACACACUGGUCUUGUCCCGGACCAAAACCUGUGAAUAUAAAUGAUCAAAAUGUGGUUGCAAAAGCCGAUAAGCUUGUUGGUCAACUGGAAAGAAUGUCAGAAAUGUACAAAGCUCCUGUUAUACUGAUGAUGCAUGGAGAUGAUUUCCGUUUCGAUAUGAUUGAAGAGUGGCAUCAACAACACGACAAUUUCCUUCCCGUUUUUGAUCAGAUCAACAAAGGCGAUCGAGUGGAAAUCAGAUUUGGAACAUUCACAGAUUAUUUCAAUGGUUUGGAAAAGUGGUAUUCUGAUAAUGAAGACCAUCAACCAGCAACUCUAUCUGGAGAUUUCUUCCCCUAUAUGUGUGCCCUUGGGGAUUAUUGGACUGGCUAUUACACAACUAGACCAUUUUUCAAAAGACAAGGGAGACUUCUUCAUUCUCUCAUUAGAAACUCGGAUAUUAUGCUCUCUAUGCUACGUGGAAAUCUGAAGCAGAGGAAGAUCGAUGAGAACACGAAACGUCUUGAAGAUGCUAGAAGAAGUCUUUCCCUUUUCCAACAUCACGACGCCAUAACAGGAACUUCAAAAGUUAGUGUGAUGGAUAAUUACUCGGAAAUUCUACAUUCUUCGAUCGGAUCCAUGAAAAUUGUUUUGGAAAAUUUGACGAAGAGUGAUCUGGACAUUUAUCCUAGAAUCCACGAUGGUGUUGAAAUUCAACAAGUUGUAGAUUUCUCCGAAGACCCAACUGAUAAGGAAAUCAGAAUAUUCAACAGCCUUCUUUUCACAAUCACCGAUGUCUUCAGUAUUCGAAUCACUCUUCGAGAAGUAACAGUUUCCAUCGAUGGAAAAUCAAUCGAAGCUCAAUUGGAGCCAUUAUUCCAGAAAGGAAAAGCUGAAACUGAUUCGUUUUCGUUGUUGUUCAAAGCUACAGUACCGCCUCUCAGCAUGAUAAAAGUGAGAAUUCAAAAAGGAGAUUCUGGUGGAUUGACAAAAAUAGCGAAGGUUGAAUCAAGAGAUGCGAGUGCCUGGGAACUAGGACAGUGGGUAUUUUUUGAAAUAGGGAAUUCUGAAUCUGCUUUUUAUAGCGACUGGAAGGUUGGAUCUCCGACUUCGUCUAGCCUGGAAACUCCCUUCCUAAAGGUUGCGCUCAAUUUGAGCAAUGGAGCUAUCCAGACUGUGGUAAAACAAAGUGACAAAUCAACUUUCGAAUGUCAACAGUCUUGGCAUUUGUAUAAAGAAGCGGGUGGUGGAUCAUAUCUCAUGAGACUUCAUACAAAUCCAACUGAGGUAAAAGAGUUCAAAUGGUUGAAAGUGGCUGGUCCUGUACGACAAUCUAUUUAUCAAAAAUCUAAAAAUGUUUUGCAAAAAACAAGUAUCAAUAAUGUGGAAGGACCAUCUGGAGAAGAGAUUGAUAUUUCCAUGUCUAUCGAUGUGACAAAAGAAAGGAAUACAGAACUGAUGACUCGAUUCACCACAAACUGGGCAAAACCAAUUACAUUUACUGAUAGUGUUGGAAUGCAAUUAUUGAGAAGGGAUUUUUAUAGAUUACCAAUUCAAAGUAACUAUUAUCCGAUGCCAACUUCAGCUGUUUUGCAAGAAGGAAAACAAAGAAUUUCGAUAGUUUCCAAUGUGGAACAUGGAGCAAGAUUCUUGGAAAACGGAAGUGUUGAAAUAAACAUUGAUCGAAUUCUGAACCAAGAUGAUGGAAAAGGACUCGGAUCAGGACCCGAUGCAAUUCCAAGUGAUAUGAAACCAGUCGAUAUGAAAUUCAAACUUGUUUUUGAUAAUUUGGGUAAAGAAGAUCAACCAAAUAUUCAUUACUCAACGCACACUUUCCGUGCUCAACAAGCUGUUCAAUCUGUCAUUUACCCACCUCUUCUAUUUGAUGCAAAACCGAAAAAAGAGGAAGACAUUGAGGAGAUUGAGGAAAAUUCAAAUUUGAGAUUCCCUUGUGAUGUUCAACUUUUAACGGUCCGUCCGUUAUCCGGUGAUCGGCAAUUGAUGAUUUUCUAUCGACAUGCAACUUCUUGUUCAAGUGAAAAAAUGAGCAACUGUGGAGCUGAUUUCAAGAAGUCUCUUAUGAACCUCCUUAUCAGAUUGGGCGUGAGAGAGGCUCAAAAAACGGAUUUAAGUGGAGUAACAGCUAUUGGAGACAAGGUCAACGUGGAAAAUCUUCCAGAUGUUGACAUUAAAACUUUUGACUUUUUAACUUUAGUUCUUCAUAGAUAA